UAUUUGAUAAUUUUUACAAAUAUAAAUGAUUGUCUUAACUGUAUUAUUGCUUUUAUUUAUUGAUGGUAUUUAUGUCACUGUAACCCCACUGUCCUAUAUAGUACGCGGUACUGAUGCCCAACCGGGAGAGUUCACUUGGAUGGCCGCUAUUUUGGACAAUAAAGGCGAUCUUAUCUGUGGCGGCGGUAUUAUUGAUCAAAAAUCUAUACUGACUUCAGCCAAAUGCAUACAAAAAUACGAUGCUUUAGAUUUGAGAGUACGGGUUGGAUCAUUGAAAUAUGAUUCGGGUGGUACUGUAUUUACUGUUGGCCGUACUAUUAUACAUCCACUUUACGAUAAAUCAUCCUAUAUUAACGACAUUGCCAUUAUCAAACUGUCCAAUCCGAUUCAUUCAUUUGAUUACAAAACAGUUGCUCCCAUUACCAUAAGUAUAGCCUCCCGACGACUCGGCUUAAUCAGUAAUCUACCCGUUUAUAUGGCCGGUUGGGGUAACACUGGUAGUCUAUUUCAUAGUACAUCAUCGUCGUUGCAAAAAGUGACCCUUGAGAUUGUUGGACACAAUAAAUGUCAAAAAACAUACGGUUCCACUCAAGUCGAUGAUUCACAAUUGUGUGCCGGUGUUGCCGAUGGCAAACUUUAUCCCAGUACUUAUGAUGAGGGAGGCAUACUAUCGAGUGACCCAUCGACCCCAUCAAUAGCUCUGGGCAUCUAUUCGUGGACAAGUAAAUGGAGUGCAAUAUAUACUUAUCCCGAAAUAUAUACCCGUAUAUCAAGCUAUUAUCAUUGGAUUAAACAUAAUCUUGAUUAA